UUUCAUUGUAGUUUUGACUUCAUUCUUCAUGAUGUACCUACCAUUCUUACUGCUGUGUGUUUUCAUACGUUCAAUCUUGGGGAAUACUGAAUUGGAAGAGUUUGGGAAAUUCAUCAAAAAAUUUAAUAAGGUUUACAAGAAUCCAAAAGAAUAUCAGUACAGACUGACCGUUUUUACCUCAAAUCUAAAUGUGACACGACACCUACAGGAAAAGGAACAAGGAACAGCAAAAUAUGGGAUCACCGAGUUUAGCGACCUUACAGAUGAAGAGUUCACAAGAAAUAGUAGGAUGCUCCAUGGUGCUUUUCCUUCAAAUAAGCUAAAGGAACUGAAGGUAGAAGCUUCACCUGUUCAGAGAUCAUGUGACUGGCGCAAGGCAGGGGUUAUUUCCAAGGUCAAAAAUCAGGGCGCGUGUGGUUCCUGUUGGGCUUUUGCUACUGUUGGAAAUAUUGAGGCGCAGUGGGGAAUCCUAGGACAUCCGGUGAACUUAUCAGUUCAACAGAUUUUGGAUUGUGGUCCUUAUGAAGCUGGCUGUAAAGGUGGAUAUUUUUGGGAGGGUUAUGAAACUGUCAUACAACAAGGGGGAUUGGUAUCUGAAGACGAUUAUCCAUAUAAAGGAGUGAAAUUAACGUGUAGAAGUGACCAAUUUUAUGUAGUGAAGAGCAUAGACUACUUUGCAAUGCUCCCUAAGGAUGAAGCAGCUAUGGCUACUACCGUCAUGAAUUAUGGAACAAUUAAUGUGGGUGUCAAUUCUAUUCUUCUCAAGCAUUACCUGAACGGAGUGAUUCAUAAUCCUUUGUGUGACCCAAGUAAAACAAACCAUGCUGUUUUACUAGUGGGAUAUUCAGAAGAUUACUAUGGACGUUAUUGGAUUGUAAAAAACAGCUGGGGGAAAUCUUGGGGAGAAAAUGGAUAUUUCAGAAUCACUUAUGGUAACAACGAAUGUGGUAUUGCGACGAGCCCUGUGACUGCUGUUGUGACUGACCCAGGAAGCCGAAGGAUCUAUUGUCCUGCCUAACAUGUGCACUUGGACUUCAAUGUCUAUGCUAGAUUAUUAUGCAUCUGACAAAAUGCUAUAUUUUCCAAUUUAGUAAUACAUUUGCAAAGCUUAAAGGGGUACU